AUGUCCAGAAAAGCUGUUUUUGACGUCUACGCCAUCCUGGGCGCUGCGUCCAGAGUCGCCAGACACAGCGCCUCCAUCGCUUCCGCCGAUGCUUCACGCUGCUGGUCCAAGCUGUUCUUGGUGGCCCAGGCAAAGAAGCUCGACUCGAGCGGGCCUAUGUGGACCGACCUUCGAGGCAAGGCCCGGGCUGCCAGGUCUCAAAAGAGACACUUCGCUACGUGUAGCGUGGCCAGAGAACCCACCCACCGUUCCCAUAAACAUCCUCAACUCACCACGGUCCACCAACACCCGCAGCAUAGUCACCACCACCACCACCACCACCACCACCACGACAGAAACUACUCCACGAAGUCCGUCAAGCUAUUUGUGGAGGAACAUGAGGAGAAAUCGGCAGACCCCAGCCACCACAAUGUCAAGAAGGUGAUUGGCGGGGCCAAAGUGAAACCCUCGUUUGAUAUGUCUCAGCUGGAGGUACCCAGUACCCGGUUGGCCAGAAUGUUUCACUACGGUUCCUUGGCUGCGGGAAUGGGCAUCUCGGCUGCUUCCCAUGGCUUGAGACAAGUUGCACAGGGCAACGGCUCGUCCCUCAGCAUGAAGAAGUUGUUUUUGAGUCCGGCAAACAUCGAGAGAAUGGCCAAGAAGUUCAGCAAAAUGAGAGGCGCAGCUCUCAAAAUCGGACAAAUGAUGUCUUUUCAGGACGCUUCUAUCUUGCCUGCUGAAAUCCAGCAGAUCCUCUUACGUGUUCAGAAUCUGGCCCAUUACAUGCCUUUGGCCCAGUUGGAGCGUAUUAUGACUGCUGAGUUGGGCCGUGACUGGCGUAAGAACUUGUUUUCCUCAUUUGACGAUGUUCCCUUUGCUGCUGCUUCUAUUGGACAGGUCCACAACGCUGUCACUGAGGACUUGACCCCAGUGGUCGUCAAGGUUCAAUACCCUGGUGUGGUCGAGUCCAUUGACUCUGACUUGAACAACUUGCUCAUGCUCCUAACUGCAUCUUCCAUUUUGCCUCGUGGGUUGUUUUUGGAUAAGACAAUCGCCAAUGCUCGUGUUGAGCUUAAGUGGGAGUGUGACUACAUUCGUGAAGCCCAGAACUUGGUUCGCUUCAGAGAACUACUUGAGAACGAUCCUGUGUUUGAGGUUCCAAGAGUUCUUCACAAGAUGUCUGGGGAACACGUGUUAACAAUGGAGAAGAUGGGUGGUACCGAGAUUGUUAAAGGCAACUGGGACCAGAAGACAAGGGACUGGAUUGCCACUAACAUCAUGAGACUUUGUCUCACAGAGUUGAAGACUUUCCGUUUUAUGCAGACAGACCCCAACUGGGCCAACUUCUUGUACAAUGAGAAGACACACAAGAUUGAAUUGUUGGACUUUGGCGCUGCUCGUGAGUUCGAAGAUAACUUUGUGGAUAACUAUGUUGAGAUCUUGCGUGCUUCGGUCCGCAAAGAUCGCGAGGCUGUGCGUGAGUAUUCCCUCAAGGCUGGGUUCUUGACAGGUUUGGAGUCUCCAGCCAUGGUGAAGGCACACGUGGACUCAGUAAUGGUAUUGGGUGAAGCUUUCUGUCCUCAACCAAACCACAAGCCAUUUGAUUUCUCCAAUCAGACUAUAACUGAUAGAGUUAGAGACAACAUCGGUUUGAUGUUGAAUGAAAGAUUGACACCUCCCCCCGAGGAGACUUAUUCCUUGCACAGAAAGAUGAGCGGAGUGUUCUUGUUGUGUGCUAAGUUGAAGGCUACCGUCCCUUGUGAACAGUUGUUCAAGGACAUUGUUGGCUACUAA